AUGGCAGCAAUCAAGCCUUUAUCAGACUCAACAAUUCAUCUUCUGGGUUCAUCUCAGGUUCUUACCACACCUACAUCUCUCAUCAAGGAGCUCAUUGACAAUGCCCUCGAUGCCAAAGCUACGAGCAUCGAUAUUCUUAUUUCUCAUAAUACCAUUGAUAAAGUAGAAGUUCGUGAUAACGGUCAUGGUAUUCAGCCUGAUGAUCUCGAUGCAUUAGGAAGACGCGGUCACACUUCUAAAUUGACAACCUUUACGGAGCUCAGAAAUAUUGGCGGCAGAAGUUUGGGGUUUCGAGGAGAGGCACUGGCAUCGGCUUGUCAACUUGGUGAUGUCUCGAUAACCACUAAGAUGGAUGGACAACCAGUUGCAACGUGUGUAAAAUUGAAGGCACUGGGUGGGAUUCAAUCACAAUCUCGAAGUUCACAUCCGACUGGAACAACAGUAUGUGUGAUGAAUUUUAUGUCAAAGCUACCUGUCAGAAAACAAACAGCCCUGAAAGAAGCCCCGAAAACGAUCGGUAAAAUCCAAGAGUUGAUACGGAGGUAUGCCCUAGCACGAAUUUCAGUAAAGCUUACCCUGAAGAUUGUAAAGGGUACCAAAGGUGCAUGGUCAUACUCACCUCGUCCAAACAUUGUUAUCAAAGAUUCAGUAUCUCUUGUCAUUGGCCGAGAAGCUGCUGUCCAAUGUUUUGAAGCCUCAAUGAUAUUCCCUGCAUCUCCUGACUAUGAAAAUGAUACAUCCGAGGGCGCGGAUAUCCCAGCCGAUAUCAAUCCUGCAAACGACAUGACAACUUCUCAUUUUCGUCUUGAAGCUUUCCUACCCCGACCUGAUGCAGAGCAGAGUAAAAUUGGAUACGGACAAUAUUUCUCCGUCGAUUCUAGGCCGGUAGCCUCCGACAAAGGGACCAUGAAGAAAAUUACAAUAAUUUUCAAGAAACAUCUCCGAAGUAGGCUGGCUUCAGGUGCUCCUUCAGAGAGACUUAAGAAUCCGUUUUUGCGUCUCAAUAUUGUUUGUCCGAAAGCAAGUUAUGAUCCCAAUGUUGAGCCCGCCAAGGACGAUAUCAUUUUCGAGAAUGAGACGCUUGUGUUGGAAGCGGCGGAGAAGAUGUUCAAGGGUUGUUACGGAGAUUGCGGUAUAGUCAUGUCUGAAGUAGCAAGAAACAAUACUGUAACCCAGCCCACUGGAUUCGAUAUACUUCUUGCCCGAACUCCUCAACAGGAUUCUCCACCACCCUUAAGUGUUGUCAACGCCUCAUUGACGCCCAAUAAUACACCUCCAGCCUCUGCCACAAAUUCAAAUUCAAAGACCACUUCCGAAGUCUGUCCCAAUAUUGCAGGUGAUACGUUAAAUAUCGCAGAGCCCGGUAAUUAUGAACCUUUUGAUGAAGCAACCACCCUCGGAGGGAAGCGAAAAUGGGGAUGUGAUAUGUCUCACGAUUACACAGAAUGUACAGAUGAUUUUAAUCCUCGAAUCUCUGUCAAUAAAUCGCAGAAGCAACUUGACUUAAACAGCAAUCAGCUGCCUGUUUCUAAGGAGUUGAAUCCUUGGGUCAUUGCUAAAAUGACUGCUCCAACCAGCACAAAUUCGAGUUCGGUGAUAUUGCUUGAUUCGAUCGAGAAUAGUUCAGUUCCAUCCGUGUCGCCACGUGCAGUUACUAAUGUUGUUCCACCAGUACAAGCUAGCCACUUUGGCGAAGUCAGUACCAGCAUAGCAGAUGUUCUACAUUCACACUCCAAUUUUAAGAGCCAAAUGCACGGUAACCCUAUGACUCCGGCCGAUCAAUCAGAUUCAACAACUGAAGGUGAUGUAUCAGUAGUUCAGCCUUGGCAUGAUCGUCUCGACAGUAAUGGGUUCACCACCGCUACAAAUUUUGCUAGAAAUCCUUUAAUGUCGCCACCAAGUACAUCUCCAAACGUGCAACUGCAGAAGCAAACAAGAGACCGAGGACCUAACAAACCGUUUGUACCUCCUUCUCGAACACCGCAGUCUAGCAGUGUAUCAUCUGGUCAUGUUCAAACACAAUUAGGAGCUCGUUAUCAGCCCUUUCGAAUACAAAGAGAAGCGUGUGAUCAACUUGCUGCGACUACAAGUCCAGUACUGGAAGUCCAAACACAACAGCCAAACCUAGAGCUGGAGUGGGCUAUGGACUUUGAACAUAGAAAGGAGAGUGCCACUCGACGUCGCAGGGAGGAGCUCCAAGCUAUACGAGAAGCAUUUCAACAGCCACCCGCUACAAGCCAAGCUUCUUCUCGGCCAUCUCCUCACAAAAAUCGUUACAAUGCUGCUUUAGCCAGCCUUGAGAUGUCUCAAGAGAGUCCGAGGGAGAACUCUUCCUCUGCGAACAGCGAAGGCGUCUAUACCACUCUUCCAAAUAGUGAUCCUCGAGGUUACCUGAUGAAGCGACAGAAAUCAUUUUCCGUUCUCUCGAGCAUCACGGGAGGCCCUCGGAAGUUGAAGCGAGCUCAAACUUUACGCCUUCCCCUAGAAUCGAUACCUGCAGACUUACAAAUUCAUCGACUCAUUCAGACGGUUGAAAGUGGUGUGGAUGGAAUCUCAAAACUUGUCAUGGAGACAUCAAAACAGGAUAUGUAUGUUCGCCGUGGGAUUCAAGCCACUGGCCUUGAGAUGACUACCACGGAUAGAGAUGCUGUGGGAAAAAAAUUGUGUCAAGUGGUCGAAGCGUGGAUGAAGUCGGAUAGAGGGGAAAAGUGCGAUGUGGAAUUUGUAUUUGGUGGGCUGGAGACGCUUAGUGGUGCUUAA